UUUUGAAAUUUUUGAAUACCAACCAUCAGCUUCUGGACUGAAAGGAAUAUUAGCAGAUUUGAAAACAUUUAAGCCCUCUGGACUGAAAGAGAUUCAAGGGAUUGAUUUGCCUCGUAUACAUCCACAAGCCUGCGUUAGGUCUCCACCCCUGGCCCCGCAAGCAAUCAGCUUUAUAAUGUGUGCCAAACCUAACGAUCUUGUCUCCGACUACAUACUACGAGAUGGUAUUUGGAUGCAAAACGAAGUUGAACUUUUGAUUUCUCUGAUACUUGAUUAUCCUAACUCAACAUUUUUAGAUCUUGGAGCCAACCUGGGAACUUUUAGCGUUGCAGCCGCAGCAUUUAAACACAGAGUGAUUGCAGUUGAUCCCUUCCUUCUCAACCAUGCGUACUCUAGAAUGAGCACGUUUCUUUUUGGUUCUGAGGAAAAUGUUCGAUAUCUUGUCAACACUAUAAGUGAUGGAAAAGAGGCUCUUUACCCUUUUUACAGAUUUCCUGGGAAUGAAG